GUUCAGUCUCGUCGUCAGUACCGCGUUAGUUGGUUCGUGGGGCUUACGUUCACAAGUCGCAGACGACGAGCAGUCCGUGUGCGUGUGCUUUAAGCAUUUUAUCUGAACCGCUCUGUUCGUGUGCAGCGUACAGUGCAAAGCCGAGCAGGUGACAACCAUUUUUACCCAAAGCAAUCUACAUCUUCCGAAAUCGAGAGGAAUCGAAGCUCAAAACAGGAUACAGUGCGUGCUCCUCACCCUGUUGCUUUUGUUGCCAACAAACCUGUGCGGAAUGCGUCAAAUUAGGCUGCGUAUGUGACGGAGCAACACGAUUUUAGCCCAAUUUCGGAUCAGUGCUCUGUUUGCUGGUAAAUUAGCGCUUUGCAGACAAUAAAAAAAAAUCGGACGCUUAAGAGAGCGAACAAACGAUCAACUCGGCGGUGUAAACGGUUGGCGCUUCGUACUGAUCCACCACACACAGUGUGUAUCCUGCACGAGGAUCUAUUUUCAGCCAGCUCGGGACAAUUUUAAAGGUGGUUGUGUUUGUUUCCCGUUGUGUUUAGACUGCUUUUUUUCUUGUUGGCAUACGGUUGUUGUGUCACACUCGGUUUUCUCGGUGGGUGCGUCAGUGUCAAUGUCGGUGGCGUACCGUACGAGGACUAUUUCUUGUCGCUUGACCAACGCCACCAAAGCUAGCUUCCGAACGGUACCAGUCACGCUUCGAACGUGACACAGCCUGUGAGCGCAUUUCAAGCAGCAGAUUGUUUAAAUCAAAUAUUUAUUCCUUUAAGCCGAGGGGAAAGAGCAAAGAAGCGAACGCAAAAGAAAAAAUAACACGAGCAAACCGCAGCAGCGCAUCCGGAUCCAUCUAACCAGGCGUCUAAUAUUUUUAUGGGGAAAAAAUACAAGCAAAAAAGUAAUUUUAAACAUCCGCAACGGAAGCGUAAAGUCGUGCAGUGAAGUGUAUCGAAUAUUUUACCGCGUGUGCGAGUGGUGGUGAUAGCAAUUUUACUACAAAGUACCAACAGUAGCGAGAGCAGCAGCGGGCAGUUUUAGCUUUAAAUUAGUAGCUUAACUUUGCUUUGACACUAGACGACCGCCAAAAUUGUUGAGGAGCCUCCAAGCGUGCACACUCUCUCGACGCAUUGUAUCACCGGAGUAGCUGAGGCGCAACCAAGAAGCCAACCAGCCCUGCACGAUGACGGUUGAUAAAGGCCACACCAAUACCGCGUUCGUCGGUGACGAGGCAAUCAAUGGCAAGAAACCACCCCAGGCGAAGACAAUCGAUCCCAACAUGUACACGUUGGAGAUCCAGGAGAAGAAACCCGGACUAGAGACGGAGUACGAUCCGUACCAGCAUCGACACGUGGAGCAUCCGACGACAAACAAUGAGACGCUGAUUCAUCUGCUGAAGGGUUCCCUCGGUACGGGCAUCCUUGCCAUGCCGAACGCCUUCCAUCAUGCCGGCUGGACAGUUGGUGUGGUCGGUACGUUGCUGAUCGGGUUACUCUGUACCUACUGCAUACACCUGCUGAUUAAAGCGGAGCACGAGCUGUGCAAGCGGAAACGAGUGCCGAGCCUGAACUAUCCGGCCGUUACGCAGACUGCACUGCUCGAAGGACCGGAAGCGCUUAAACCAUUAUCCAAAGUUAUAAUUCAUAUAGUAAACGUGUUUCUGCUCAUCUACCAGCUCGGUACUUGCUGCGUGUACGUUGUGUUUGUGUCGUCUAACAUUAAGGCCAUUGCUGACUACUACACCGAGACAGAUACCGAUGUGCGGCUGUACAUGCUGAUCAUUCUUCUGCCACUCAUCCUGAUCAACUGGGUUAGGAAUCUGAAAUUCUUGGCACCAUUCUCGACGGUAGCUAAUUUUGUCACGCUCGUCUCGUUCGGCAUCAUCCUGUACUACAUCUUCCGCGAGCCCAUCUCGUUCGAGAAUCGCGACAAAGUCGGCACAAUGAGCGGUUUCGCGCUCUUCUUCGGCACAGUGCUAUUCGCUUUGGAAGCAAUCGGUGUGAUCCUGCCAUUGGAGAAUGAGAUGAAAACUCCGAAAAAGUUCGGUGGUAGUUUCGGUGUGCUGAACAAAGCUAUGAUCCUGAUCGUCACACUGUACAUUGGAAUGGGCUUUUUCGGAUAUCUGAACUACGGUUCAGCUAUAAAGGGAUCGAUAACGUUGAAUCUGCCUGAGGAAGAAAUCUUGGCCCAGUGCGUUAAGGGAAUGUUAGCCUUUGCCAUCUACAUCACCCACGGGCUGGCGUGUUACGUAGCGAUAGAUAUCACCUGGAACGACUACUUGAAGAAGAAUUUGGGUGAUUCUCCACGAAGCACCUUUUAUGAGUACAUCGCACGAACGGUGCUAGUGUUAAUCACAUUCCUGCUGGCAGUGGCCAUUCCCAAUCUGGAACUCUUCAUUUCGCUGUUCGGAGCACUGUGCCUUUCGGCCCUGGGCAUUGCAUUCCCUGCAUUGAUACAAACCUGCACGUACUGGCACCAUCGGCAGGGUAUGGCAAAGGUGUGGAUGGUUGCGAAGAACAGCGUUAUUGGCGUGGUAGCCAUGCUGGGGCUGGUGAUCGGUACCUCGACCAGCAUGAUCGAAAUCAUUCACACCUUCGGACAUGACGAUUGAGGCUUGUGCGGCUGUGUGCGCUAGCAAUAAACAAGCAGCGAAAAUCAACAUCCGCAACCAACAUGAAGUAUUGAUUCGCCAUCUUUUCACUCCAUCAUUACAAAUAAGUAUUACUCGACACGUAAACAGCGCACCUGGCGACAGAGAGAAAGUGCACUUUUGAGGGCAGGACUGUGAGGGGUGUGUUAUGUGAAUGUGUGGGAGAGAGAAAGAGACAGGGUGGAACAUUUGGAACAGAAAGAAGAUAAUUGUUAGAGCCAUAACCAUUCCUAUGCAAAAUGCGUCGAGAAGUCAAAGCGUUAGCUGUAGCUGUCGAACUACUACCGAGCUGCUCCUGAUCUCCUGAUCAUGAUGUGACGGGCGAUGGUUUUCCGGUCUGCCGGUCCAUUUGCCGUCAGCUGUUCAAUCAUUUCUGUCAUAUGUGCUUUUAUUUUAAGGUGUUCUUGCACAUUCAUUCAAUGUUCCCUAUGAUCGCAACGAUCGCAACUGUGAAGCGGUGGUGUAUGCGCAUGAAGCCCACCAGGACGAACAUAUCUAUCUUGUAAGACUAGCUAAGCUAAGCGAAAUGAUCAAACGGAAAAUUGAAAAGUUGUGUACAUAGCGUAAGUGAAGUUGCAAUAAACUAGUAU